GUGCGUUUGUAUCAGAAAUAAAGGGGGGCGAGAUAGGAGAGGAAAAGGGGAAAGAGAGGCAGACGAAGAGGGAGAAGGAGUGUUUGCAUUUUUCUGUGUGUUUGAGAGGCAAAGGAGCGAGACAGAGUGAGGGAGAGUGCAAGCCAGGGAGGGAGAGAGAGAAAGAGCAGCAGAGGGAGGGGAAUUGAUAUAGUGGGAGAGAGAGGGAGAGGUGGUUACGUGGAGCAGCACCCCACUUCAUCAGGCAGCAUACGGCAGCCCUGCAGUGCGAUCAAACUGUACGGGAAUGUGGCUAUGAGAUCGAGAGCGAGAGAAAGAAAAGCAGAGAGAGCAAGGAGAGGGGUGGGGGGGAGUUAAAAAGAAGAGCUUGAGGGAUUUGCUCAGAUGAAAGGGGGGGGGGGAUGAUCACUGAGUCUGUUGCCUGUCGUGGAUGCAGGAAGGAUGUGGCAGCAGUGGCUGAGGCUGAGGCACAUCCGUGGUCUGCUGUGUUGAAGUAGCCGGCGUCAGGACGUUAUGCCCUGUGUGCAGUGAGGGGUAGCGCGUGUGAGCCAGGAGCAGCUGCUGUGACUGCAUCUGCGCUGCCUGCAUGUCUCAGACAGGCAGGGGAUGCAGCAAACCUCUGCCCUGAGCACAGGAGCUGCUAGCUGUACCCAGCGAGGAGAAGAGCCAGGUGGGCUGGGGUGGGAGCAGGGGGCGUCUGCAUUAGGAGGGAGCUAGCUUAACCUGCGCUGAGGUCUUGCAGUGAUCCUUGCUCUCAGAGUCAAGAGGCUCACCUGCCCGUCUGCUGGAUCUGAACCUGGAUUUUACUGCUUUGAGAGAUGAGAAGCACGUUCUCUGACGGAGCCGCACAGCCAGCAGCCUGCUGAAGAGUGUGAAUGCUGGGCAGCACCGGGAGCGCUGGCACCACCAAGGACACAGAGCCUUUUUCCACUGGCAGACAGCUUACCUGGAGCUUUAUCAAGGAAUAUAUACUUGGAUUUGAUUAUGAAUUGAGGAGUUUGGAAUCAGCACACUGUGGAAAUCCUAAGCCAACGUUUCUUUGAUGUAGGAUUUACAAUAUGUCUACCUGACCGUACUCCGUGUGGCUCUGGAGUAAGGACGAAAUAUGAUUUAAGCAAUGUGUAUUCCUUGAUCAAAAAUAACAUGAGUACCUCAACAGUACUUUAGAAUGCUGCUACCUUCAUUGUAUGAGCCUUGUCCUAGCUCUCAAGAGGUUGACCAAUGAAGCCAUGGGACUCAGCCAGAGCUUUACAAAUGGGGCCUGUGGUAAAGCCCUGGACCAGCCGGUGGGAGAGUGGCUGGAGCACGUGGGGCUGCCGCAGUACGAGAGCAAGUUCCUGCUCAAUGGUUUUGACGACCUACGAUUCAUGGGAAGUAACGUGAUGGAGGACCAGGAUCUCAGAGACAUCGGGAUCACUGACCCAGGACACCGAAAGAAAAUCCUCCACGCAGCACGCAGCUUGCCCAAGGUAAAAGCGCUGGGCUGUGAUGGCAGCACAUCUCUCGCCUCCUGGCUGGACGUCCUCGGCCUGCACGAAUAUCUGCCCAACUUCCUCUCAAGUGGCUACCGCACACUGGAGUGUGUUAAAAACCUGUGGGAGCUGGAGAUUGUCAAUGUUAUUAAGAUUGGUCCUCUGGGCCACCGGAAGAGGAUCAUUGCCUCAUUAGCAGAGAGACCCUAUGAAGAGGCUCCAUCUAAGUCCCGGCGUCUGUCCCCAAUUAUGUUCCAUGACCUCCUGUCCCAGACCACAUCUCCUCUCAGUCAGAUGGAUCCCUACACCAGUCGCUCCAUGGAUAUGCUCCUGCCCCUGACAGAGUCGGACCGAAGGCGGAGAGGAGUCGACCAAGACUGUAGCGUAUCUCUGCGUUCUUAUAGCGAGAGGCCACGCUCUGUAGACAGACACAGUGAACGACACAAAGAUUCUCGAUUGAACCUCCGGCCACCAAGCCAAUCUGCUACCUAUGCCACGGUGUCCGCCUGGCAUCACCAGCCUGAGAAACUGAUCCUGGACUCCUGCGGGUACGAGGCCACAUACCUAGGAUCAAUGAUAAUCAGGGAUCUACGAGGGAUUGAGUCCACACAAGAUGCCUGUGCUAAAAUUAGAAAAUCAAAGGAUUCAAGAAAGGGCCCAGUUGUCAUACUUUCCAUUACCUAUAGAGGAGUCAAGUUCAUUGAUGCAGCCACGAAGACUAUAGUUGCAGAGCACGAGAUCAGGAACAUCUCAUGUGCCGCACAAGACCCAGAUGACCUCUGCACGUUUGCGUACAUCACCAAGGAUCUGAAGAGUGGCCACCACUUCUGUCACGUCUUCAGCACUGUGGAAGUGACACAGACGUAUGAGAUCAUCCUCACACUGGGACAGGCGUUUGAGGUGGCUUAUCAGAUGGCGAUUCAGUCCAGGGCGAGACAAUAUAUCCCCGCUUCAUCUCUUCCCUCAGAGGUCAUAGAAACCAAAACCAGCCGCCCUGUGUCUCAGUCGUGGAGCAGCAUGCGAAGAUCAGCAGGUGCCCCUCUGCUCGAAUGCCGCUGCUGUCACUGUCACACCUGUACCACCCACCGUCCUUCCUUCCUCCCGUUGCACUCUGUUAGCCCUGGAGUCCAGCUCGCCCCAGCGUUCAAGUUUCCGGAUACCAAGCUGUGAGUUGAAGGGGAGCAGCUGAUGUGAGUGGCUUUAUUUGCGUGUGUUGAGUUAGUGGGCAGAGCAGUGGAAAAGAGGUAGAGAGAGAAACUGAGAGGUAAGCCUGACGCAAUGUGCAGGGCCAACCAGCGCUAUUCUGACAUUUAGAUCUCACUCUGUAUAUCCCCUUGCUCCUCCACUGCCCCUGAGAUGAAUCCCAACACACAGACGAAAAGGUAACCUGUGGACCCACAUCACUGGCUACACAGGACCUGUGUAUCACUCCUGUCUUGAGAAAGGUCAGUCAGAAAGGUCAAGUCUAUUUCCUGGCUUCCAUGUGACUUUCUGAUCUUGUCAUGUAGGUACUGUAAUGUUAUAGCACUGUAGACCAUUAAUGAUAUAGACCAUUAAUGAGCAUUUCUAUUGAUUCAGGUCUACUGAAGAUAGUAACUGUGGGAAUUAUUAAAGGGCAACAAAAUGUAGAGAAAAAAGAAAAACUGUACCAGCAUACAAUGCUUUGCCCAUGUUUGUGGACAGAGUAUGGUUUGUCAAUGAAAAUGUGAUACUGUUUCAAAUUUCAAAGCAAUAUUAUAUUAAUGAAAUUAAAUAAUACAAAGACUAAAGAAUCCCUCUCAA